AUGCAGGCCAAAUUUGAUAUCCCAAAAGCACCAAAUGCAAAGAAAAAGGUCAUGUCAAUUGUGACCACUAGAUGGAGGCAAUUUAAAUCUUCCUUCACCACCAAGUUUGUCUGUGCUAACUCUGAGGGGCAACAUAAACAUGAUCCUUUGGUAAAAUAUGGUCUAGAUCCACAAACUUGGGAGGAAUUUGCUGCAACCCAUAAAACCCUUAACUGGCAGGUUCUUGUUUCUGCUCAAGACCAAAUUAUGUGCAUUCAGACUGAGAGGGAAGCACUCCUCCAAUUCAAGGCUGCACUUGUGGAUGACUAUGGCAUGCUCUCUUCUUGGACCACUUCUGAUUGCUGCCAAUGGCAAGGGAUUCGCUGCAGCAACCUCACCGGCCAUGUCCUAAUGCUCGACCUUCAUAGAGAUGUUAAUGAAGAACAAGUACGUUAUAUUAGCGGAGAGAUCCACAAGUCGUUGAUGGAGUUGCAACAAUUAAACUAUUUAAACCUCAGUUGCAAUUCUUUUCAACGCAAAGGAAUCCCAGAGUUUCUUGGUUCUCUCAGCAACUUGAGAUACCUUGAUCUGUCAUAUUCUCAAUUUGGCGGAAAAAUUCCCACUCAGUUUGGCUCUCUUUCUCAUUUGAAAUACUUAAAUCUUGCUGGGAAUUCUCUGAAGGGUUCAAUCCCACGUCAACUUGGAAAUCUCUCCCAGUUGCAGCAUCUUGAUCUCUGGGGCAAUCAACUUGAAGGAAAUAUACUCUCUCAAAUUGGAAAUCUCUCCCAGUUGCAGCAUCUUGAUCUCAGUGUCAAUCGAUUUGAAGGAAAUAUACCCUCUCAAAUUGGAAAUCCCUCCCAGUUGCAGCAUCUUGAUCUCAGCUACAAUUCUUUUGAAGGAAGUAUACCGUCCCAACUUGGGAACCUUUCAAAUUUGCAGAAGCUUUAUCUUGGAGGAUCACAUUAUGAUGAUGAUGGUGGUGCUCUCAAAAUUGACGAUGGAGAUCAUUGGUUGUCUAAUCUCAUUUCUUUAACCCAUCUUUCCUUGCUCUCCAUAUCUAAUCUCAACACUUCUCAUAGCUACCCCCAAAUGAUUGCCAAGCUACCAAAACUUAGAGAACUGAGUUUAAUUGAUUGUAGCCUUUCCGAUCAGUUUAUCCUUUCAGUGAGGCUCUCUAAAUUCAAUUUUUCUAGUUCCCUUUCCAUUCUUGAUCUUUCCUCGAACAACUUCACGUCAUCAAUGAUUCUCCAGUGGCUGUCCAACGUCACUUUCAACCUUGUUGAGCUUGACCUUAGUUAUAACCUCUUGGAGGGUUCCACAUUAAACCAUUUUGGCCGUGUAAUGAAUUCUCUUGAGCACCUCGACCUCUCAUAUAAUAUAUUCAAGGGUGAGGAUUUGAAAUCCUUGGCGAAUAUAUGCACCUUACAUUCUUUAUACAUGCCAGCAAACAAUUUGACUGAAGACCUUCCAUCAAUCCUUCAUAAUUUGUCUAGUGGUUGUGUUAGACACUCAUUACAAGAUUUGGAUUUGACAUAUAACCAAAUCACCGGCUCUUUACCUGACAUUUCAGUAUUCUCAUCUCUAAAAACAUUGGCUCUUGAUAUGAAUCAAUUAAGUGGAAAUAUACCUGAAGGCCUCCGCUUACCACUUCAUUUGAAAUCUCUGUCAAUCCAAUCAAACUCUUUAGAAGGUGGAAUUCCCAAAUCAUUAGGGAAUGCAUGUGCUUUGCGCUCAUUGGACAUGUCUGAUAAUAGCUUGAGUGAAGAGUUUCCAAUGAUAAUCCAUCACUUGUCUGGAUGUGCCAGAUUCUCGCUGCAAGAAUUGAACUUAGAAGGAAAUCAAAUCAAUGGUACGUUUCCUGACCUUUCAGUAUUUUCUGCCUUGAAAAGAUUGGAUCUUUCAGAAAAUCAAUUAAACGGAAAAAUUCCAGAGAGGAACAAAUUGCCGUCUCUGUUGGAGUCUUUGUCAAUCGAAUCAAACUCUUUAGAAGGUGGAAUUCCCAAAUCAUUUGGGAAUGCAUGUGCUUUGCGCUCAUUGUAUAUGUCUAAUAAUAGCUUGAGUGAAGAGUUUCCAAUGAUAAUCCAUCACUUAUCUGGAUGUGCUAGAUAUUCAUUGGAACAAUUAUAUCUAGGCAUGAAUCAAAUCAACGGCACACUACCCGACCUCUCAAUAUUCUCAUCUUUAAGAGAAUUAUAUCUUUAUGGAAACAAGCUAAAAGGAGAGAUUUCUAAAGAUAUUAAAUUUCCACCUCAACUGAAGAGACUAGAUAUGCAAUCAAAUUCCUUAAAGGGUGUGCUCACUGACUAUCAUUUCGCUAAUAUGUCUAACUUAGACUUAUUGGAGUUAUCUGACAACUCUUUAUUGGCCUUGGCAUUUAGCCAAAAUUGGGUCCCACCAUUUCAGUUGAGCCACAUAGGAUUGCGAUCUUGCAAGCUAGGUCCAGUAUUUCCCAAAUGGUUGGAGACACAAAAUCAAAUUUGGGAUAUUGACAUUUCAAAUGCUGGAAUAGCAGGGAUAAUUCCCUCAAAAAUCGGAAAGCUAACAUCACUUGAAUCUCUUGAUUUGUCAAGAAACCAAUUGGUUGGUUCAAUUGCUCCAAGUCUUACUCAAAUUUAUGGACUCGGUGUGUUAGAUUUGUCACAUAACUAUCUAACUGGAAAAAUUCCAACCAGCACGCAGUUACAGAGUUUUAAUGCCUCGAGUUAUGAAGAUAAUCUUGAUCUUUGUGGACCGCCUCUUGAGAAAUUGUGUAUUGAUAAGGGGCUAGCACAAGAACCAAAUGUUGAAGUCCCAGAGGAUGAAUAUUCACUUUUCAGUCGUGAAUUUUACAUGAGUAUGACAUUUGGAUUUGUUAUAAGCUUUUGGGUGGUGUUUGGCUCAAUCUUAUUCAAGCGUUCUUGGAGACAUGCCUAUUUCAAGAAGCGUGCAGAGAGUGAUACUUCUGUUCCUGAUGCUGCAACUAAAGCUGAAAAAUUUGCUCAACGUGUCAUCAGAUACACUUCUGUGCCGGAGGAAGGAACAAUAGAUGGAAUGAGAGUGGAUGAGGUGGGAGAGAAGGGUUGA